UCAUGUGACGCCGGCGCAGACUUUUUCCUGCGGUCGGCGGGCAGUUGCGGGAAGUUUCUUGCUCUUCGGGACCGGGACGAUGUGGACUCUGACGCUGCCUUUGCUCCUGGUCGCUGGCGCUGCCGUGAUGGCUGAGCCACUCAAGUUCUUGGACUGCGGUUCCAAAGAUGGAAGUAUCACAGAGGUCAAUGUGAGUCCUUGCCCUGCAGAACCUUGUAUUCUUCACAAAGGGCAAUCCUACACUGUCAAUGUCACAUUUUCUAGUAAGAUUGACAGCCAGGGCAGCCAAGCAAAAGUGUAUGGAGAACUGCUACAUGUGCCCAUCUCCUUCCCACUAGACCAGCCUGAUGGAUGCAAAUGUGGAAUCCAGUGCCCUAUCCAGACAGGCCAUUCUUACAACUACCUGAACAAGCUUCCAGUGAAGACUGAGUAUCCAUCUUUGAAACUAGUUGUCAGAUGGGAACUGCUUGAUGACCAGAACCAGAUGAUGUUCUGUUGGAGGAUUCCUGUCCAAAUCACCAGUUAAUGAACCCCUGCAGUUUACUAGGGAAUGGAAGAAAGUUGGAUACAGAUAGAAGAGUCAAGUGCUUUGCUGUAAAAGGCAUUUCUUAUUUUGAGUCCCACAACUGUUCUCUUCUCAAUGGCCAGAUGAAGCAGGGGGCCAGUGACCAAAAUGAAUCUAACCAAGGUCUGGAUGGUUGGAAGAUGUCUUACUGUAAUUCAGGGCAAAGGUUCAUGUAACCAUUGGCAAAAGUGACUGAAACACAUCAGAAAGGACUUUAUCUGUAAGAAAACUGAGCCAGCAACCAUCAGGACUAUUGCUGUUUAUCAACACUACUGUGCCUCUCAUAAUCAGAUACUGCAGGCUUCCACCUGCUCCUUCUCCUGGCUAUCAUGACCUGGACUUUCCUUGGAUCUGCUUUCCUCACCUGGGGCCAGAAGGAAUCCGAAUAGAUAUACCUUCUGUUGCUUCAAAGGGUGGGGGGAGUUUUAUGACAACAGAUGCCAAACCAAAAUUGCAUUUGAUUUCUCUGCAGGGAUAACUUGCAUUAACCAAUGCUUUGCACUAUCUCAUAACCUGGAAUUGCUGGGAAAACUGCUUGCCUCAAUCCCAGCCUCCAUUUAUAACUUUUCUUUUAAUAAACCUUAAUAAAUGAA